AUGGCCCCCUAUCUCAGCGUGCACGAGUCUGCCAUCGACAACGUUGUCGAUGUUGGCGAUCUCAAGGCCAAAGUCGGCGUCAGCCAGGUCGAGCUGGAGCCGACUGUGAAGCCUCCCGUCGCCGACAACUACAUGUACGACUUCAAGUACAAUCACGUUCUUCCCACUUCCGACGUCCUCGGUGUCGAAAUUCCCAGCGACUGCGAUGCUCAGAAGGAGGCGGAGGCGAUUGUGUCUUGCCUCUCCAGCGUUCUGGGCAGAGGCGAUGCACAGGGUUUCGCAGAUAUGUUCCUUGAAUAUGGUGUCUGGCGUGAUAAACUCGCUUUUACCUGGGACUAUCGCACCUUCAACUUUCAACCAGCCAUCCUGAAGGCUGCUACCGACCUUUUCCCUAACACCAAGGCCACAAACUUCAAGUUUCUCAAACCAAGCCCCAAUGUUUCACGGCCCUACCCCGACUAUGCCCAGCUACAAUUCAUUGUAUCUUUUGAGACCGAGGCCGCUGUGGUUUCGGCUGUGAUUAACUCGGUUCUUACCAAGGAUGGCUGGAGAAUCUACACCAUGCACACCGUCACCGAGAAGUUAAAACAGUACCCCGAGGUUCCAGCGGCCGACGGGCACAUGACUGGUCCCAUCAGCUGGGAAAAGCAGAGGGCCGCCGACGUCGACGCUGCCGACCCUGAAAUUUUAAUUAUUGGAGGAGGCCAAAACGGUCUCGCACUGGCUGCCCGAUGCAAGGCGCUGGGCAUGAACAACCUCAUAAUCGAGCGUAGCGAGGAGAUUGGCGACGUUUGGAAGAAGCGAUACGAGUAUCUCUCGCUUCACUUCCCCCACUGGGCCGACGACCUGCCCUACUGCCCCUACCCCAAGCACUGGCCCACGUACACCCCCGCCCAGAAGCAGGGCAUCUAUAUGGAGUGGUACGCCUCGGCUCUGGAGCUCAAUGUCUGGACCAAAUCGACGGUUGUCAAAGCCGAGCAGGACGACCAGGGCAACUGGACGGUCGUCAUCAACAAAGAGGGUAAGGAGACCCGGACACUGCACCCCAAGCAAGUCGUCAUGGCCACCUCCCUGUGCGGCGUCCCUAUGCUCCCCGCUGUUCCUGGAAUGGACGGUUUCAAGGGCGGUGUGAUCCGACACUCCAGUGCGCACGACAGCUCUCGCGACUUUGUUGGCAAGAAGGUCUGCGUGGUUGGCACCUCGUCUUCUGGCUUCGACACUGCUUUCGACUGCUCGCGCCGCGGCAUCGAUGUCACCCUCCUCCAGCGAUCGCCUACCUACAUCAUGUCCCUCACACACUCCGUUCCCCGCAUCAUUGGCAGCUACGGCCCCGAUGCUGACCUCAAUCGCCCUGAUAUCGAAGAGCAAGACCGGCUCUUCUUUGCCACCCCGAUCGGACCCGGCGAGGAGCUCAGCAGACGUAACGCCAAGGUCCUCGAAGAUCUCGACCGACCCCUGCUUGAAGGCCUUAAUGCACGCGGUCUGCGAACUUGGCGUGGCCAGCGUGGUACCGGCGGUUCUACUCUGGGCCAGACUCGCAAUGGUGGCUUCUACUUCGAUGCCGGUGCUUGCGAGCACAUCAUCAACGGCAAGAUCAAGGUGGAGUCCGGGUACAUCGAGAGCUUCACCGAGGACAAAGUCAUUCUCAGCGGCGGCCGGGAGCGCGAGUUUGACCUUAUUGUCUUUGCCACCGGCUUCUCCAACGCCAUUGACUCUGUCCGAUCCAUUCUUGGCGACAAGAUCGCUGAUCAAUGUGGUCCUAUUUGGGGCAUCGACGAGGAGGGCGAGUUCAAGACCGCCUAUCGGGAGAGCGGGGUGCCCAACCUUUGGAUCAUGGUCGGCUACCUUCCUUACACCCGCUUCCACUCCAAGUUGCUUGCUAUGCGACUGAAGGCUUUGAAGGAAGGCUUAUCGUCUGCUCCUUACAAGACAUAG